CCUUGGCCCCGGGGCUGUUAGGAGGCAGAGGCUCUGGGGAGAAGUCCCCAAACCGGAUUUACCCGAUCGUCGCAACUGUCCCUAGGAGGGCGGGCUGGGGUGUGGAGGCGGUGCCCUGCUGACCCUUGGGGAGACAAGCCCGGGUCGCCCAGGCUGCAAAACGCUCGGCACCGCGGAAGCCGCGCCAGGCUCUCCCAGCUCGGUACGCAGCGGCCGGAGCGCCUGCUUCCCUGCGGAGCAGAGCGGCAGAGGGGUCCGGGGCUGCGUGGAAGGUCCGGGGGCUUCAGCCCGUGUGGGCAGCCCGUGCGGGGAAAGCCGAGGCGCAGCCAACCAGAAAGCUAGAGGCGGCCGAGGCCAUGCGGAGUGGAGGCACCUGGAGGCCACUGGAGAAGUGGGAGGGGCUCGGGCGUGGCUCCACCCGCGACACUGGGAGCCCGGGCGGGCGCGCACGUGUGUAUACGGGUGCGAGGGCCCAUCCGGCGGCCCGGACUACAAGUUCCAGGGUGCCCAGCGGCGCUCCCGGGUUUUCUGGCUGCGCCGCCCGCUGCCUCCGAGCAGGUCGCCGCUGGCUGGCAGUCGCCACCCGGUCCCAGAGUAAAUAAGGGAGAGACACUCCCGAGCGCCGUAAAUAGAGUCCAAGUGGGCGGAGAGCCGUCCCGCGCCGCCCGCUCAUGUCUCUUCAGAGCCGACUGUCCGGCCGCCUGGUACAGCUGCGCGCGGCGGGGCAGCUGCUGGUCCCCCCGCGCCCCCGGCCCGGCCACUUGGCGGGUGCCACGCGGACCCGCAGCAGCACGUGCUGUCCCCCAGCGUUCCUGGGCGUGUUCGGCCGCAGCGCCCGGACCUCGGCGAGAGUUGGGGCGUGGGGGGCGGCGGCGGUGGGGCGGACAGCCGGGGUGCGCACUUGGGCCCCCCUGGCCAUGGCGGCGAAGGUGGACCUGAGCACCUCCACCGACUGGAAGGAGGCGAAAUCCUUUCUGAAGGGCCUGAGUGACAAGCAGCGGGAGGAACAUUACUUCUGCAAGGACUUUGUCAGGCUGAAGAAGAUCCCGACGUGGAAGGAGAUGGCGAAAGGGGUGGCUGUGAAGGUGGAGGAGCCCAGGUAUAAAAAGGACAAGCAGCUCAAUGAGAAGAUUUCCCUGUUCCGCGGCGACAUCACCAAGCUGGAGGUGGACGCCAUCGUCAACGCCGCCAACAGCUCCCUGCUCGGAGGCGGUGGCGUGGACGGCUGCAUUCACCGGGCCGCCGGCCCCCUGCUUACCGACGAGUGCCGGACCCUGCAGAGCUGUGAGACUGGCAAGGCCAAGAUCACCGGCGGCUAUCGGCUCCCGGCCAAGUGUGAGUCCCCAACAGGGCGCCCGUGUGUCACUGGGACAUCAGGGGUGCGGCCCCCACAGGAGUGCUGGGGACCUACCUCCUCAGGGGGCCCUUCUUAA